UUGAUGGGGGCUCAAGGAGUAAAAAUGCAGAAGAAUUAAAUGGCCCAAUAAAUAAACAGCCCAAGAUAAAAAUUCAAAGAAUUUUGAUUCUUUUUCGACCAAAAAAAAAAACAAUUUCGAUUCUUUUGCGUUUCCAGUGAAUUUGCAAGGAAGAAGAAGGGUUUAUAUGAUUCUGUGUAACAAACAAUGACUUCAAAAGACAUAUGGAUUCGAAAACAACAAUGUCCUUGUGGAGAUUGGAAAUGUUACAUUACACAUGAGGGUGAUGAUUCUGAUGAAGGUUCUGCAGCACCAGAAUCGAUGAAAGCAGAUAAAACACCUUCUGAUAUCAUUACCCCUUAUGUUGGAAUGGUGUUUAAGAGUGAUGAUGAAGCUUUUGAGCAUUAUGGCAAUUUUGCCAGAAAGCAUGGAUUUUCCAUGAGGAAAGCAAGAUCUAGAAUUAGCCCUCAAUUAGGCGUUUACAAGCGUGAUUUUGUUUGUUAUCGGUCUGGGUUUGCCCCGGUUAAGAGGAAGGCAAAUGGUGAGCAUCAUAGAGAUAGGAAAUCAGUGAGGUGUGGAUGUGAUGCUAAAAUGUAUCUGUCUAAGGAUGUUGUUGAUGGGGUUUCACAGUGGACUGUUCUGCAGUUUAGUAAUGUGCAUAAUCAUGAGCUUUUGGAAGAUGAUCAAGUGCGUCUUUUACCUGCUUAUCGGAAGAUUCAUGAGGCUGAUCAAGAGCGUAUACUCUUGCUUUCAAAAGCUGGGUUUCCGGUACACCGGAUAGUGAAAAUGCUUGAGCUUGAAAAGGGAAUUCAAGGUGGACAUUUGUCUUUCUUGGAAAGGGAUGUGAGGAACUUUGUGCAAAAUCGAAAGAAGGUUAUUCAGGAGAAUGAGGCAUUGCUUAAUGAGAAAAGGGAAAAUGAUGUUUUGGAACUUCUUGAGGUGUGCAAAGCCACGAAAGAAGCGGAUGAUGACUUUGUUUAUGAUUUUACCAUGGAUGAGAAUGAGAAGGUUGAAAAUAUAGCUUGGUCAUAUGGUGAUUCUGUUAAUAAGAAUGUGGUGUCUGGUGAUGUAAUUUAUUUUGACACUUCUUAUCGAUCGAUCACUUAUGGAUUGCUUCUUGGAGUGUGGUUUGGCAUCGAUAGUUGUGGUAGAACUAUUUUCUUCGGUUGUGUUUUAUUGCAGGACGAAACACCACAAUCUUUUUCAUGGGCGUUACAGACGUUUCUCCAGUUCAUGAAAGGAAGAUGUCCACAAACAAUUUUAUCUGACCUUGACCCCGGGCUUAGAGAUGCCAUUAAAAGCGAAUUUUCUGGGACUAAACACGUCGUUCCGAUGUGGAAUAUUCUAAACAAGGUAUCUAGUUGGUUUUGUCUUCCUCUUGGGCCUCGUUAUGCUGAAUUUAAAUCCACGUUCAAUGCCUUAUUCCACAUUGAGAAAACAGAGGAAUUUGAACUUAAAUGGAGCCAAAUGGUUUCUGUUUUUGGACUUGGUUCAGAUAAACAUAUUGAUCUACUGUAUUCGGUUCGACCAUAUUGGGCACCGUCCUAUGUGAGAGGUUUUUUUUUGGCUCGAAUGUCAACAAUAGCUUAUUCCAAGUCUAUAAAUGCUUUUAUGAAAGAGAUCGUCACCGAACAUACAUGUUUGCGCAGCUUUUUUGAACAGGUUGGUAUUUUUGCAAAUUUUCAUCCUCAAUCACAUGAGGAGACUCAAUAUACAAAUCUUAAAACCGGCAUACCAAUUGAAGAGCAUGCGCGGAGCAUUCUCACGCCUUAUGCUUUCAAUGCUUUGCAGCAAGAGUUGGUGCUGACAAUGCAAUAUGCUACAUCUGAGCUGUAUAACGGAUCAUAUAUUAUACGACACUUCAAAAAGUUGGAUGGAGAGCGACACGUGUUAUGGCUACCAGAAAAGGAACAAAUACUCUGCUCUUGCAAGGAAUUUGAAUCAUCAGGAAUAUUAUGCAGACACGCUCUUCGUAUACUUGUAACAAAGAAUUACUUUCAGCUUCCCGAAAAAUACUACUUAAGCAGAUGGCACCGAGAACGUUCUUUAAUUGUGGAGGAUGAGCAUAACAACCAAAGUUUUAUUGCUGAGAAAUGGUUUCAAGAAUAUCAGUCCCAAGCUGAAAAUUUAUUUUCAGAAUCAUCAAUUACAAAGGAGCGAUCUGACUAUGCUCGCAAAGAACUGAUGAAAGAACUUACUAGGAUUCUUAAUGAGGUUAGAGAUAUGUCUGAGACCGAUGGAGUCGAGACCGAUGGAAUCUGCAGCAUGAAUGUGGCAGUUUCACCAAAUAGCUAGUUUGAAGGUUUGGAUUGUGUAUAUGUGAUAAAAUGCAACUCGGAAACCACUGGUAUCGUCAUAAUAUCAUCAUGGUAAGAAGUGGCAAAGUAUAGAUUGCAGGCACUGAAAAGAAAUGCAAGAACAGUUUCAACUUUUGUUAAUCCUAGAUCUUUUAUCAACUUUUGUUAAUCCUAGAUUUGUUAUCAACUUUUGUUAAUCCUAGAUUUGUUAUCAUCAGGCUAGAGAUAAAGUUUAUAAAGUGUUAAAGGAUUUUACACAUACUUUAUAUUAUUUUCUUCAUUGUCCAUUUAUUUAUUCUAUGAAAUUGAUGUAUAUUACUUUCA